UCAACUUGUCAGCAAAACAGAGGGGGAGGGGACCAACAUAUGGCAGUCAUAUUUCUGAAGCUGAAAUAAUGUGCUAGACCUUUUAUUGUGUUAUUUACCUCGCAGAAGAUUCUCAGUCGAUAGAUGUCCACCCCCAACGAACCACCGGUUGGGAUACCCCAUGCUGGUCCUUCACCAGGUGCUGGCCUGUCUCCGGGGCCCAUCCUAGGGCCCAGCCCUGGACCCGGCCCAUCUCCUGGCUCUGUACACAGCAUGAUGGGCCCCAGUCCAGGGCCCCCAAGUGUCCCACAUGCUAUGCAGGGACAAGGGGCUGCAGACUAUUCACAGGACAUGCACCCAAUGCAUAAGCCUAUGGAGGGAAUGCAUGAGAAGGGGAUGGGAGAUGAUAUGCACUAUGGACAAAUGAAGGGGGUGAGCAUGAGAUCCCUGCACAGUGGCAUGGGUCCUCCACAGAGCCCUAUGGAUCAACACACUCAAGGCUACAUGUCCCCCCAUCCCUCGCCGAUAGGCCAGGUGCCAGAGCAUGUGCCUAGCCCUAUGUCAGGAGGAGGGCCGACCCCACCGCAGAUGUCUCAGGGUCAGUCACCCAUGAUGCCCAUGGAUCCACAGGGGAUGGGACAGCAAGCCAGGGGUCAGUCUGCCUUCAGCCCAGUUCAGCUACAGCAACUCAGGGCUCAGAUCCUGGCGUACAAGAUCCUGGGCCGGGGUCAGCCUCUGCCUGAGAAUCUGCAGUUAGCAGUGCAGGGCAAGAGGAGCCUCCCCACCAUGCAGCAGCAGCAGCCCGUCAACACUGGCCCCUACAACAGACCUCUAGGUAUGCCAAUGACUCACGGAGGGCCUGCUACGGGCCCGUGUCCCUCUCCAGCAAUGCAGACUCAUACCCAAAGCUCUGGGCCAAAACCAUGGCCUGAAGGUCAAGGCUCAGAGACCCCCAGUGCUCAACAGAAGUUGUCGGUCCCAGCUCCCAGCGGCAGACCCUCUCCAGCCCCCCCGCUGGCCCCCACUGGCACACAAGCUGUGCCCAGCACCUCCCUCACCUCCCAACCCCAACCUCAGCCCCCAGCAGGACCAGGCCAGCCCUCCCUCAUCAUCCAGCUUCAGCAGAAACAGAAUCGCAUCACUCCAAUUCAGAAGCCUCAGGGUCUGGACCCUGUCGAACUCUUGCAAGAGAGGGAAUACCGUCUUCAGGCCAGGAUUGCUCACAGAAUUCAGGAGCUGGAGAAUCUGCCAGGGUCACUGCCACCUGAUCUGCGGACUAAAGCUACUGUGGAGCUGAAGGCCUUAAGACUGCUCAACUUCCAGCGGCAGCUGAGGCUAGAUGUCGUUGCCUGCAUGCGCCGAGACACAACUCUAGAGACGGCCCUGAACUCCAAAGCCUACAAGCGCAGCAAGAGACAGACGCUGAGAGAGGCACGCAUGACCGAGAAACUAGAGAAGCAGCAGAAGAUCGAGCAGGAAAGGAAGCGCAGACAGAAACACCAGGAGUAUCUCAACAGCAUUCUGCAGCAUGCUAAAGAUUUCAAGGAAUAUCACAGGUCCAUCUCUGGAAAAAUCCAAAAGCUGUCUAAAGCCAUCGCCACAUGGCACACCAACACCGAGAGAGAGCAGAAGAAGGAGACGGAAAGAAUCGAGAAAGAGAGGAUGAGGAGACUGAUGGCUGAGGAUGAAGAAGGUUACAGGAAGCUAAUUGAUCAAAAGAAGGACAAGCGUCUGGCCUACCUUCUUCAACAGACAGAUGAAUACGUGGCCAACCUGACUGAGCUUGUGUAUGAGCACAAGGCUGCUCAGGCUGCCAAGGAGAAAAAGAGGAAGAGAAAGAAGAAAAAGAAGGAAGCUGGGGAUGCUGAAGGAAUGGGAGCCAUCGGGCCUGAUGGAGAGCUCAUAGAUGAGACCAGUCAGAUGAGUGAGCUGCCAGUCAAAGUCAUUCAGACAGAGACGGGGAAAGUGCUACAGGGGACAGAUGCCCCCAAGUCCAGUCAGUUAGAGGCAUGGCUCGAGAUGAACCCUGGAUAUGAAGUUGCUCCACGGUCAGACAGUGAAGAGAGCGGCUCGGAAUUUGAAGAGGAGGAUGAUGAAGAUGUGGUCUCCAGAGCUGAAUCAGAAGAAAAGAAAGUCAUUGAUCCCAACAGUGAUGAAGUAUCUGAAACUGCAGCCAAGCACAUCAUAGAGUCUGCUAAACAGGAUGUGGAUGAUGAGUACAGUGUUCAGGCAGGAGAGACCAGCUCCCAGUCUUACUAUGGAGUGGCCCACGCGGUCAUAGAGAGGGUGGAGAAACAGUCCACCCUACUGGUCAAUGGGACUCUCAAACAUUACCAGAUCCAGGGUCUGGAAUGGAUGGUGUCUUUGUACAACAACAACCUGAAUGGUAUUCUGGCCGAUGAGAUGGGACUGGGGAAGACCAUUCAGACUAUUGCACUUAUCACUUAUCUGAUGGAGCUCAAGAGGCUCAACGGGCCGUACCUCAUCAUCGUACCCCUCUCGACUUUGUCUAACUGGGUUUAUGAGUUGGACAAGUGGGCACCAAGUAUUGUGAAAAUUGCCUACAAGGGCACACCAUCAAUGCGGAGGUCUUUUGUGCCGCAGCUCCGCAGUGGGAAGUUUAAUGUCCUUAUAACCACCUACGAGUACAUCAUCAAAGACAAGCACAUUCUCGCCAAGAUUCGCUGGAAAUAUAUGAUUGUGGAUGAGGGCCACCGCAUGAAGAACCAUCACUGCAAGCUCACACAGGUGUUGAACACCCACUACGUCGCUCCCAGGAGGCUGUUACUCACUGGAACCCCUCUGCAGAACAAACUACCCGAGCUCUGGGCCCUGCUCAACUUCCUGUUGCCCACCAUCUUCAAAAGCUGCAGCACCUUUGAGCAGUGGUUCAAUGCUCCAUUUGCAAUGACAGGAGAGAGGGUGGAUCUGAAUGAAGAAGAGACCAUCCUUAUCAUUCGUCGCUUGCAUAAGGUGUUACGUCCUUUCCUUCUGCGCAGACUGAAGAAAGAGGUGGAGUCUCAGUUACCUGAGAAGGUUGAGUAUGUCAUCAAAUGUGACAUGUCAGCCAUCCAGAAGGUUCUGUACAGGCACAUGCAGGGCAAAGGCAUCCUGCUCACUGACGGCUCGGAGAAAGACAAGAAGGGUAAAGGAGGAGCCAAGACCUUAAUGAACACCAUAAUGCAGCUGAAGAAGAUCUGUAACCAUCCCUACAUGUUCCAGCACAUUGAGGAAUCUUUUGCUGAGCACUUGGGAUAUCCAAAUGGCAUUAUCAACGGCCCUGACCUGUACCGCGCCUCUGGCAAGUUUGAAUUACUGGACCGCAUCCUGCCCAAGCUGAAGGCCACCAAUCACAGAGUGCUUCUGUUCUGUCAGAUGACCACCCUCAUGACCAUCAUGGAGGAUUAUUUUGCCUAUCGUAACUUCCUCUAUCUGCGUCUGGAUGGAUCUACGAAGUCUGAGGAUCGUGCAAUGCUUUUAAAGAAAUUCAAUGAAGAAGGCUCACAGUAUUUCGUCUUCCUGCUGAGCACCAGGGCAGGAGGUCUUGGCCUCAACUUGCAAGCUGCAGACACCGUUGUGAUCUUUGACAGCGACUGGAACCCCCACCAGGACUUGCAGGCCCAGGAUCGAGCCCAUCGUAUCGGCCAGCAGAACGAAGUACGCGUAUUGCGUCUGUGUACUGUGAACAGUGUGGAGGAGAAGAUUUUAGCGGCGGCCAAGUAUAAACUGAACGUUGAUCAGAAAGUCAUUCAGGCAGGCAUGUUUGAUCAGAAGUCGUCCAGUCAUGAGCGCAGAGCCUUCCUGCAGGCUAUUCUGGAGCACGAGGAACAGAAUGAGGAGGAAGAUGAAGUUCCAGAUGAUGAAACCCUCAAUCAAAUGAUUGCUCGAAAUGAGGACGAAUUUGAGUUUUUCAUGCGCAUGGAUUUAGACCGUCGUCGAGAGGAUGCACGCAACCCUAAGCGUAAACCGCGGCUAAUGGAGGAGGAUGAGUUGCCAUCAUGGAUCCUGAAGGAUGAUGCUGAGGUGGAGCGGCUUACCUGUGAAGAGGAGGAGGAAAAGAUUUUCGGCCGUGGAUCCCGUCACCGCAGAGAUGUCGACUACAGCGACACACUGACAGAAAAGCAGUGGCUGAGGGCUAUAGAGGAUGGCAACCUGGAGGAAAUCGAAGAGGAAAUACGGCUGAAGAGGCGCAAGCGUAGGAGACACGUGGACAAAGACCUGAGGCGUGAGGAAGGAGACAAGGCCAAGAAAAGAAGAGGACGUCCUCCGGCAGAGAAGCUUUCCCCAAACCCACCCAAACUGACGAAACAGAUGAAUGCCAUCGUUGAUACUGUCAUCAAUUACAGAGAUGCAUCAGGCCGUCAGCUCAGCGAAGUCUUUGUGCAGCUGCCCUCCAGGAAAGAGCUCCCUGAAUACUAUGAACUGAUAAGGAAGCCAGUGGACUUCAAAAAGAUCAAGGAGCGUGUGCGCAGCCACAAGUACAGGAGUGUGAGCGAUCUGGAGAAAGACGUCAUGCUUCUUUGUCACAACGCUCAGACUUAUAAUCUAGAGGGCUCUCAGAUCUAUGAGGACUCCAUUGUUCUUCAGUCAGUAUUCAAGAGUGCAAGACAAAAGCUUGCUAGUGAGGAAAGCGAUGAUGACAGCAAUGAUGAUGAUGAUGAUGAUGAUGAAGAUGACGACGAGGAAUCGGAGGAAGAAUCUAAGUCAGUGAAGGUGAAAAUAAGGCUGAGUAAACGGGAAGAGAGAAGUCAGGACAAAGGCAAGAAGAGACCAAGUCGUGGAAAGGCCAAGCCCGUGGUCAGUGAUGAUGACAGCGAGGAAGAUCAGGAGGAGAACUUCAAGAGGAAAAUGUAAGUCUCUGUUUCUCUCACUUUCGCAUACACUUUCUUUCCAUUGUGUAAUUGCUUCAUGACUGAAUAUCAAUCCUCAUGUAAAGUCAGUGUGAAUAUGUCAGAGCUGUGUAAGCAAGGUCCAUGAGUCAGUGUGAGAUUGUCCCAUUAACCAAAUAUAAGGAGGUGCAUUCAGUAACCAGCUCAGUGCAGGAAUAAUGAGCCUCUGCAGACCAUCAGUCAGUCCGGUGUGGUGUGUGCAUGACGGAGGUCACUGAAGCUCUGCCGCGGGGCGCCCUGUGCUCUGCACGUGUGUGUAAUACGGUUGUGUGUUUGUUUUCAGGAGCAGUCAGAGGGGAGCCACAGCGACGAUGAGUGAGGAGGAGAUGAGCUGAUCAUCAGCAUUUGCUUCUUUUAUUCUCUUCCCUCACCCAGCUCAAUUAUUCUGUGCUUUACUUAAGGCUUUCUAAAAGAAUUAUAGUUAUUUUUCUCUCUCUUUCUUUUUGUUUUAUUUUAUUGUAUGUUUAAACACUUUGUCCUGUGCAUUUCUCCUCUCUUUUUUUGUUUGUUUGUGAGGAUGUGAAACAUCCUCACAUUUUGCACCUUUAAUAGCUUACAGUUAUUCUGAAAUUUCCCUUUGCGCAGUGGGGUAUCUUAGAGAUGAUUUCUGUAUGCUUGUAAAUAAUUUACAUUUAUGCAAGUGUUUAAAAAACAAUAUAAAUUUGAUUUGCAUCAAAGAACAUCAUUUAUAAGCUAUUAAGACCUUUAAAAAAAAUUACACCUUGAUUAAACCAUUUGUUUCAAAUUUACAAAGCAUAUCAAAACGUUUUCAGGUGUUACUUAAAGUGUCAUCACAUGAGCAUUUUGUAUCAUCUAGAUUAGGUCAUAUGUUCUAGUGACUUCUGUAUUGUAUUGCAUGCAGCACAAAAGCCAGCAGAGAUUACAAAUGAAUUUGAGAUCGGAGAGCCGAUCAGUCCUGUACCAUUUCAGUGGUAUUUGAAAUAAGAAUUUGACAAGCUUUCUAUCAUAUCCAUAGAUGUGGCAGUUUCUCUUUUUGCCUCUUUGGUGUCUUUCAUUCACUGGUUUUAUACUCCGUAGUCUGAUUGCUGCUUGUUCAAAGGACAAAUGCAGAUUCUGUUGCAGUGUAAUUUGCUUUACUUUCUUUAAAAGUAGAAAAUAUAUAUAUAUAUUUACAGUGGAGUGUCUCAGUAUUUCAAUUUUUCAAAGCUCAUGCCAAUAAGAAAACCAGUAUUUUCCAGCGUAUUAUGUCAGACUAUAAACCAGCUCAGAUUGGCUACCUUUUUUCGUCUAUUGAUAUUUUUCUAUUUGCAUUUCAAAAACAACAACAGUGUUAUUAAGAAAUUGGAUGGUUUUUAAAAAAAACGAUUCUUUGCUCUUAUACUGUAUUGGUAGAAAUAUGUAUUAUUCUUUUUUUAUUGAUUGUUAUUGCUUUAAAAUGUACUCUGUUCAUAAUCUUGUCAUAAUAUUUACUCUCCUUGCAUACUCUCUUUGUGGUUGUAGCUCAUUGCCAAAAGUAAACAUCAACAAUGAUGAACCUUC